UCAGUGUUUCUCUUUUUGGUUUAUCACAUAAUAAUGCGCUUGGAGGAACAUUACUGCCUUGGGCUGGCUGUUACUGGACGAUGACGGGAGCUUUUCUCAGCAUCAUGAGGCCUAAUCGAUGCUGGACCAUCCUCCAUGUGUCCAUCUUGGUUGGGCUGCUCCUCACCUUAAAUGCUCAGAGUGACUCGGACUGUUCUACAGAAAUUAGAGUACGUCGCAACACAGUUUAUAAUGCAUCAGCUGGACAACAACUUUGGAUUAAUUGCCCAGUAUUUUUUUGCAAUAAUUCACCAACAACAGUCACCUGGCAUAAAGUUGAGGAAGUUGUCCCCAUCAAUGUCAGCAGUGACAGUCACAUUAAAACAGAUUUGAAACCUUUAAAAGAAUCAGUAUGGAUCUUCUAUUUGAUCUUCCAAAACAUUCUCAGAAGUGACUCUGGUCAGUAUCAGUGUCAAGGUGGAGGGAGUAUGGGUCAUGCCAUCACUGUCAAUGUCUACGAUCAUGGUGAAAUUACCACUAUUACACAGAAUAAUGUCAGAGUCAGCACGACUUCUGUUCCUGAAAAUACAAAAACCUUGUUGCUGUACGUGUACUCUGCUGCUGGGAUCGCCACAUUCGUCAUCAUAGUCAUAAUCAUAUCUGUCAUAUCAAUGCGAGGCUGUAAAGGGAAGCCAAAGAAAGACAGUCAAGCUGAAAAUCAGUACAUGGAGAUCCCCAUGGUGGAGCGACCUCUUCCGCAACCCAGCUUGGAGCCCUCACAGAGAGGAAGCCCCUCUGCUCUGCCAUCUCGGAGAUCUACCAAGAGGAAAACUCCACCAAGGCAGCCCAAUGAGUUUAGAUUAUCAAGAGAUAAUGAGCAGGCUUAUGGACCGAGUCAUGUAGGUAGAGAGAGACAGAGGAACACAGUGGAGGAGGAGAGCGGCUCUGUUGUGUAUGCUGCUCUCAACCACGAGCUGCCUCAGCGGGUUAAUCGGCCACGGAUGGAGGUGGAAGAGACCUCAGAGUACGCAGCCAUCCGUUUGGCAUAA